AUGAAGUCAAAGGAAGCAAAGCAGAAAUUGAAGGAGGAGAAGGAGUAUGGGUAUUGUACCAUCGACGGCCGUAAGGAACCCAUCGGGAACUUCAAAGUCGAAGCGCCACGUCUCUUUCGUGGCCGAGGGGAGCACCCUAAGCAGGGGAGACUUAAGGGCCGCAUCAUGCCGGAAGACGUGAUAAUCAAUUGCAGUAGGAACAAGAUUCCAAAGCCUCCACUGGGUCACAACUGGAAGGAAGUCCGCCAUGACCCUAAGGUGACCUGGUUGGCCUGCUGGACUGACAGUAUCACUGGACAUCUCAGGUAUAUCAAGCUAAGCCCUCUAGCUACCCUGAAGAUGAUGAAGGAUUGUCAGAAGUUUGAAACUGCAAGAAGACUCCAUCAACACAUCCACAUGAUUCGGGAAAAUUAUUGGAAGGACAUGGAGAGCGAGGAUGUGCAGAUCCAACAGCGCGGGGUAGCGAUGUACCUCAUUGAUAAAUUGGCUCUCCGAGUUGGGAACGAGAAGGAUGCAAAAGAAACGGCUGAUACUGUAGGCUGCUGCUCUCUACGUUGCGAACAUAUUACCCUCAUGGAAGAGGCCGACUCUGAGAAUUACAAGGUCAAGUUUGACUUUCUAGGGAAAGAUUCAAUUCGCUAUCUGAAUGAGGUCCAUGUUGACAAGAGAGUCCAUCAGAAACUUCGGAGCUUCAAGAAUGGGAAAGAGGACGAAGAUAAACUAUUUGAUGAGCUCAGCGUUGCCAGCCUCAAUAAGUAUUUAAAGCCCCUGAUGCCUGGACUGACUGCGAGAGUAUUCCGGACUUAUAAUGCAUCGUUGACUCUGCAGAAAAAGCUAGAUGAACUUCCUGUUUCUGUUGACGCUGAGGACACAGAAAAGAUCUUGAUUUACAAUCGAGCAAACGCGGCCGUGGCACUCCUUUGCAACCAUCAGCGCUCCAGCCUCAAAGCCAACUCCAACAUUGUCAAGAAAUUCGAAAAUAAAAUCAAAGAAACAAUGAAAGCGAUGCAGAAGGCGAAGGAGGACCUGGCGACUGCUAAGAAAACCUACAAGGGGAAGAAGGCAGAGGUGAAGAAGAAGCAGUAUCUUCAUAUGUUAAAAGAGAAACUCUCGACACUCAAGGUCAAAGCAGCUCUCGCAAAGGAAGGAAAGGAAAUAGCCUCGAUAGUAUCCAAAUUGUACUACUUGGAUCCAAGAAUCACCGUUGCCUGGUGUAAGAAACAUGGUAUCUCCAUUGAGAAGAUAUUCACUAAGACUCAGAUGAAGAAAUUUCGCUGGGCUGAUUCAAUGGCCGGACCAGAUUUCCGUUUUGAUGAACUCAGUCAUUGA